ACCUUAUUUACUACAUGAUGUGGCAUUACUGGAACAUUUUAGUCUAGAACAUGUAAUAUUAGCGGUAGGAAUGUUGGGCACCACGUAAUGAAUGCAAAAAGAAGCACUGAAUUGUUUUUGAACCAGUUCUUUGAAAUGAACUCUUUUAAGGAACCGAUUCGCGGAAUGAGUCGGACGGCAUCCGCUUUGAAAGCAAUGACGUGUCGUGACAACAUCAGUACACGCCCACCGCAUCCGGAAGUACUGCGGGCUUGAGGAUUUGUUAUGAUGCCAUCAUAGCAAGUUAAAUCGUUGUGUUUUCACACCUUAUUUAGAGUCACUAAGUUUGAAAGCUCCUUGAAAUCAAUAUUUUUCAGCCUUGCCUUCUUUUAUUUCGGAGUUCGAGGUCUGGAAGUUCAACUCAAGAAAGAAACGCAAAUCCUCGGAGGAGCUGCUAUGAUGAAGAACAGGUUAAAAUGAUUUGCCAUAUAGCCGUUAAACUGAACUCAGUUAAUAGCGUUUAAACGUCAAUCAUGGAUUGUACAGCUCUUGAACUCGAUGCUAUUAAAUUUGCCAAAUCAGCUGUACUGCAUGAUCAGAAGGGGAAAUACAAUGAAGCUGUUUUCUACUAUAAGGAGGCUGCCCAGGCUCUCAUCUAUGCAGACAUGGCUGGAUCCAAACUAGAGAACAUUCAAGACAAAGUAAACGAGUACUUGGACAGAGUACAGACUCUACUCAGUGCCGUUCAAGCACAGAGCACUGACCCUCUGAAGAGUAAGCAUCAGCUGGAUCUGGAGAGGGCGUACUUCCUGGUGACACAGGCUUUUGAGGAGGAUGAGAAGGAAAACGCAGAUGAGGCCAUUGAGCUCUAUACACAGGCUGUGGAGUUGUGUAUUCAAGCGUCCAAUGAGACGUCAGAUCAAGCACUACAGGGGAAACUGAAGCAGCUUGCUCGGCAGGCUCUGGACAGGGCAGAGGGACUGAAAGACUCUCUUAGUAGACCAGCAAACCAGGACAAGGCCUCCUCUGCAUCCAAAGGCCCUGCUCAGGUGAGGCAAUUCUUUCCACUGGGCCUAGACUUCUCCCUCCAUGACAAAUCGCAGCCGGUCCGAGCAGUGCAGUCCAGUGAACCACAGGGUCAACGUUACACAGCGGAGGAGAUUGAGGUGCUCAGGAAGACCUCCAAGAUAAAUGGAAUUGAAUAUGUUCCUUUCAUGAGUGUUGACCUGAGGGAACGGUUUGCGUUUCCUGUUCCAUUCUCGGACAAAUGUGGGAAACUAGCUCUGUCGCCAAAGCAGAAAGCUGUAUUUUCACGCUGGGUUCGACCUGAUGACAUCUGCAAUAACCCCACCAUGAUCUACACUGUGUCCAGCUUCAGCAUCAAGCAGACGGUUGUGUCAGACUGUUCUUUCGUGGCCUCAUUGGCCAUCAGCGCAGCGUAUGAGAGACGCUACAACAAAAAAUUAAUCACAAGCAUCAUCUACCCACAGAACAGGAAAGGACAACCAGAGUAUAACCCUUGUGGGAAAUACAUGGUGAAACUGCACAUUAAUGGCGUCCCAAGAAAGGUGAUUAUUGAUGUUCCUCCUGUGGAUCGCAAUGGCGAGCUGCUUUGCUCCUACUCCAGUAAUCGCAAUGAACUUUGGGUGUCGCUCAUCGAGAAGGCCUACAUGAAGGUCAUGGGAGGAUACGAUUUCCCUGGCUCCAAUUCUAAUAUUGAUUUGCACGCUCUCACUGGCUGGAUCCCAGAGCGUAUCGCUAUGCACUCAGACAAUCAGUCCUUUAACAAAGAUGACACUUUCCGCAUGCUUUACCAGAGGUUUCACAGAGGAGACGUUCUCAUCACCACGGCGACAGGGGUCAUGACUGAGGAGGAGGGAGAGAAGUGGGGUUUAGUGCCCACACAUGCAUAUGCUGUCCUAGACAUCAGGGAAUACAAGGGUAAACGCUUCCUCCAGCUGAAGAACCCAUGGAGCCAUCUCAGGUGGAAAGGGCGAUAUAGCGAACGUGAUGAAAAGAACUGGACACCAGAUCUUCUCAAAUACCUCAAUUUUGACCCUAAAACCGCACAGAAGUUUGACAAUGGUGUAUUUUGGAUCAUCUGGGAAGACUUGUGCCAGUAUUAUGAUGUCAUCUAUUUGAGCUGGAGUCCAGCACUGUUUAAAGAGUCCUCAUGCAUUCACAGUAGCUGGGAUGGCAAACAGGGGCCGGUGAAAGAUGUCUACAGCUUGGCCAAUAAUCCUCAGUACAAGCUGGAGGUGCAGUGUCCUCAAGGGGGCGCUGCUGUAUGGGUCCUACUCACCAGACACAUCACUGACAAGGAUGACUUUGCUCAAAACCGGGAGUUUAUUACUUUAGUAGUUUACAAAACCAAUGGCAAGAAAGUCUAUUAUCCAGCUGAACCUCCUCCCUACAUUGAUGGGAUCAGGAUCAACAGUCCUCACUACUUGACCAAGAUCAAGCUGACUAGUCCUGGAACUCACACCUUCACACUGGUGGUCUCUCAGUAUGAGAAACAAAACACCAUCAACUACACACUAAGGGUGUACUCGGUCUGCAAGUUUAAUUUCUCCAAAAUCCCAACACCCUUCAUCCACACCAAAAGAAUAAAUGGCCAGUGGAAGGGGGCCAGUGCAGGAGGUUGUGGAAAUUACAAAGAUACCUUCAAGAACAACCCCAUAUACCAGUUUAACAUGGAGAAAGCAGGCCCUCUGCUAAUCGAACUGCGUGGUUCCAGGCAGUACAGCGUGGGCUUUGAGGUGGUGACCGUUUCUACUGCAGGGGAUUCUGGAUCAUCAAGCUCUCAAAAGAGAGGGAGUGGAGAUUACCGAUGUGGUUUCUGUUAUAUGGAGGUCGAGAACUUGCCUGCCGGGAUUUACAAUGUCAUCCCCACUACCUUCCUGCCCAAACAGGAAGGUCCAUUCUUCCUAGACUUCAGCAGUGCCACUCCACUGCGGGUUUCUCAGCUGCAAUAACAGUCCCAGAUCAUUGGCCCACCGGAUUGUUUCCGCAGUUUUGAGACACUGAAGAUGCUCUAGACAGCGCUUAUUGCUCACUAAAGCAUGGAUACUCUCAUUUACCAAAAUAAAUAAGCACCACCCACAGAGGGUACCUGAUAUAGUGCCAUAUUUGUCAUGUUAGCGUGUGAUAGAUAGUGUACAACUGCUCUGACUCCUGUGCCGCUGCAGUGCCAUACUUGGAGGAAGUGUGUUCAAUCAGCUAAAAACACACUCCUUUAAGUUCUGCAGUCCAAAGUUGCAUUCAAUGACAGUGUGUGUGUACACUUGACCUGAAAUGACUGUUUUUCACUCAGGAGACUGCAAUAAAACAGGGAUGUAUAUUAAUGAUGUCUGAUGAUAGAUCAGAGGGAUCUAUUUCUGUGUCUCCAUACCAAGGGCUCUUCCUCUGGUCUGUUCGCUGAUGUCCAGGUAGAAAGACUUCCAAGUUGCAGGGCUUCUCUCUUCAGCAGGCACAGAAUGAGUGCACUUUUAUCAAACAAAAAAAAAAAAAAAGAGAGAAAAAAUAUGCAUCUAUCUAAAGCAUUGUUUUUUUUUUUUUUUUAAGCUUUUAUCCCCAUCAUGUGCAUCAAAUGUCAAUUUGCUUGGUUCGAGUCACUAUCUACCAGCACAACAGAGUACUGUGUGUUUACAGAACAUAAUGGCAAUGACCUGAAUGCUCUUACAUCAUUAACUUUUGACUGAAUGUGAUGUUCUGUAAUGGGGAUUGCUUAAAGCUGAUUUUCAUUCGUCUGCUCUAAUGUAUUUAUUUGCAGAUUAAAAUGAAGGUGUACAUGUUAUCAGACAUUAUCACAUUUUGUUUUUACAAGGUUUUAUUAGAUAAACUAACAAUGAAUAUUAUCAUUACUUCUUUCAGUAUUUGUUGUUUUUAGUUGAUUUCCACAUUUACAUUUAUCCAUUUGGCAGGUGCUUGGUUUAUAUUUUGGCUGUUUAUGUAUUCCCAGGUUUUUUUUUUUUAGUAAAUUAAUACUUUUCAGCAAGGAUGCAUUAAAUUCAUCAAAAGUGACAGUAAAGAUAUUUAUAAUGUUACAAAUGGUUUCUAUUUCAAAUAAAUGCUUUUUUUUUAAACUGAAGACUGGAAUAAAGGCUGCUGAAAAUUCAGCGUUGCCAUCAAAUGAAUAAAUUACAUUUUACAAUAUAUUUAAUAAAUGAAUCAAUUAAUUAAUAAGCGAAUAAAU